AUGAGUGAUAGACAUUUGCUCGAGUGCGUGAACGACGAUCAAGUGACUUAUUACGCGAGUGCGAGUCGCGACCUACAACCGUCGGAGGGUGACCCUUCGCCCCUUCUCACCCCCGAUCCUCUACCCGAUCCCGCGGAGGAGCCGCUUCCACUGCCACCCCCGACUCCAACCUCCGCGCCAACCACCGAUAUUGUCACGGCGCCACUAACUACGAAUGCCCAGGUACUAACAACCCUAACUGCGCAUUGUCUGGUCCACGUAGACGAGGAGACGGUCGUUGCACCGACGGUGAGAAACUUGUACUCGGCUCGACUGAGAAUAGACCAAUACAACCAACUUUUAAAGCUAGUAAUUGGCUGCAUUAGGCAAUUUCUUAGCUGUGGUAGCGUUACCAACGACGGAACUUUUCAGAUGAACGGCGGGCAGACGCCGCGGUGCCUGCGCCGCGCGGACUCGGGGAUGCCGCACGACGAGCUGACGCCACGCUCCGACUCGUCCAACUCGCCGCCCCUGGACGCGGUGGGCAGCGGCGGCGGCGGCGGCGCCGGCUCGGUGACCGGCCACAGCAACACCAGCAGCAACAGCGAGACGUCGAGCGGCGUGCACAGUAACGCGAGCAACACCAGCAACGCCAGUCACAGCAGCUCCCAGCGUCGGGCCACCAGCGUGGACGACCUGACCGGGGAGCCGCGCGAGGAGCCGCGCGAGCAGUGGCGCAGCUGCUCCCUUCAGCGCGGCACGCAGCCACCGACGGCGAGCACGGCCUUCUCGCCGCCCAGCAGUCGCCCCGGCACCAGCCAGUCCUUCUCCUCGCCGCAGUACGUGAACCACGUGCCGCCGUACAGCAAUGCCACCGGCAACGAGAUCGGCGCCGGCUGCCCGGCGGUCAUUCUGGAGAACCCGAACGAGGCGACGGUCGUGAUCCGCCGCAAGCUCUCGAGAACGAAGCUGACGGACCCGCUGAAUCCGAACGAGGAGCCGUUCGGCCGGUCCACCAACAUGAGGAUGACCUCCUUCACCGAGAGCAACGACAUCCGCAUACAAGCCUCCUCGGCGACUCUGCCGCACUACCCCACGCAGCCUAUCGUCACCUACCCUCACUGCUCGACGAUGCCGCUGCCGCACGCCUCGCACACCGUGGCCGCGGCGAACAUGAGCGGCGGCUCCACCGGCAGCUGCGGAUCCGUGCCGCGGCAUACUUUCGUGCCGCCCCAGGUCCACACCACCGUGCCGGCGCACACGACGCUGCCCUCGCAUCACAACGGCGUCAGGCUGCUCCACGCCACCGCCGUCGGCCCGUCCGGCAACCCUUUCGUCAAGAGGUUCCCACCGGUGCAGCUGCACACCCAGUCCUGGGCCCUGCCAGGCCACCACACCUUCCCGCAGAUGCCGCAGGGUGGCAACAAGCUCACGACCACCGCGCAGAUCAGACAGAGCGACCGGGACUCCGCCAACUUCUCCAUGGCCAGCAGCGGGGACUCCGACACGUGUUUACCGCACUAAAACGCCCGCGGACUGGUAAUCGUAAUUCGAAUCGCGUUUAGGUAUUUUCGUAAUGACACUUUCGUGAUGACAAGUGACAUCGGAGGGGAUCGCGGUUUCCAGGCAAGCGUACCGAUGUCACGAUCAUGAUCUCCCCAAAUGCUUAUUCUGAUGAAGUAAUGAGAGUGAUAGCAAUGUAAUAGGCAGAGAGAGAGAGAGAAAGAGAGAGAGAGAGAGAGACUUUUUGCGCGAACUCGAGACUAGUUGCGAAUAUUUUGCUUUGGAAUCGAUAAACCUCUAGGGCUGACGUGAAAUUGUAAUACGCAUUUAUAAUAGUGUGCCGCAUUAUGCUCGACAUGGACCAUUAGGGAAGGAAGCUUUCUGCAUAUUUCAUAUCGCAUGCUCAAACGCCGAAAUUUUAAGGAAAAGGAGUCUAAUUAAGGUUGAAACGACAUAUCAAUUUCUGCCGUUUAUUAACGUACGAUAAGCACAUGGCAUUCCUUAAAAUACGGGUUUCCUCUAUUUUUUUACAAUCUGACCUCGACACUCGACGCGUCGGUCAGAUCUUACCCGGUUAUUUAUGUAAGCGCGUCUAUGAUAUUGACGUAGUGUUUAUUGCAUAAAUUCCGUGUACGUGGAAAAUAUUCUAUUCAUUUGAAUAAGUAAUGCGCAUCGACGUAGAAACAAAAAAGCAGGUUGAGUAUAAAUGAUUAAUAUAUAUUCCACAAAUAGCUUACGGGGGCGAUUAAAAUAAUUACAAUUAAAAGACAUCAAUUCCGUUAUAUACAUAUCCUGUACGUUGUGACGCGUGUCCCAUUUUAUCUUUAAUCUCGCAGCAAUAAAAAGAGAUAUCUGAAAAGGAUAGUGAUAUAAACGGUGAAACGACUCACAAUCGGUUAAGGAAUCUUCAUCCUGGUUAAUGCGAAACAGUUUUAAAUCGUGCAACAAUAAGAAAUUAUUGCAAAAUGUAUACAUAGAUUACAAUUUAAAGGAAAGUAAGGCGGAUUGCAAUUACAACUACGUAUAAGUAAUAAUAGAUCUCUUCUCUCUCGAGUUUGCGCGAACGUCUCUCGACGCGUGCUUGUAGCUAGAAUCAUCUUUUCCAUGUUCUUCUGUUGUGAGACGUGAAAUGUUGGGGGGGGGUGGAAAAAUCGGCGAGCGGAAAAGAGCGACUUGCGACGUUUGAUGGCCGAGAGGAAACGGCAGGCGAGAGUGAGAGUAACAUAGUUAUCCCAUUUUAGGUACGGAAAAAGUUAUUGUGUUGUCUUAAAUAAAGUUCGUGUAUAGAAUGAAUUAAGGAUAGCCAGUUAAGAAAAGAAGAAAAUGUGGAAAAACUCGGGUCGCCCAUUCGUACAGCGUACGGCUUUUCUAUUGACAUUCAAGAUCUUCUUUCCACCGAUGACUGUAAAUUUUGUUAAAAACGUAAUUUGUACAUUGCCAAUUGUUUGUUUAUACGCGACUCCCGCGAUGCAGUCGCUCGUAUGCGAUAGGGCGAAUAGAAGAGAGGCAUUCCCUCGCAUUGGAAUGUAUAUUUAAAUCACGCGCGAUAUACGUUUCUUCGUUCUUCGUUUGCUUCGAGUCUUUCUUUCUUUUGUUUCUUCUUUUAUAGAUUUAUCGAAUUCAUCGUCAAGAAUAAAUGUUUGUUUGUCGAAUCUUCUAUGAGCUCUGUGUUAAAUAUUAGAAAUUAUGUGCGAGAUAAAUAUGCGGGCGGUUUUAUAUGACUGUAAAAUAUACAAGCGCAGAUUGUAAUCAUACGAUUUUCGGCCUUGGUAAGAUUUCCGGUGUAUACUACGAAUAUGCCGUUACGUUAAAUCUUCUUAUGGCCUGAUAACGAUAUAUCAUAAUCAGCCAUUUCGAUCGUAAGACUUGCGAUAUUAGCAGUGCCAUCGAAAGUAAUGUAAGCAGACACAAUCAGAAAAGGAACAAGGAAGGAACUGUUUCAUUAUUCAUAAAAUUAAAAACCCACGAGUAAGAGCUAAAGAUUUACCGCGAAAAUAGUACAUGCCACUUAUUUAUUUGCGAAUGGCUCAGCACCCCGUUACAGUCUAAUAUUCUUUAUAUAAUACCUUUAGUUAGAGGAGCCGCAUGAAGUAUGCACAUUUCAUUUUAUAUUGCUUCUCUCUGGGAGAGAAAAAUAUAAAAUAAGUUUGUCCACCUGAUUUCUAUCAACUUACAGUUAUUUAUAGUAAUACAACGAGCGUAUUUAUAUUUAAUGCAAUAUAUAUAUAUAUGUAUCCAAAUAAAUCGUUGGCGCGCUGUAAGAGGAGAAAGACAAGCGCAAUUUAUGACAA